GAUAAUAUGAGAGAGAUUCUCCAAAAUGUGGCCAAAUUACAAGGUGUUUCAAAUAUGAGAAAACUAGGUCACUUGAAUAAUUUCACUAAGCUUCUUUGUAAUACUGGCCAUGCUGAAGAAAAGCUAGGUUUUACUUAUGACAGCAUCAUAAUAUGCCUGCGCUUAGCUCUCCUGAACGAAGCGAAAGAGGUGCGAGCAGCAGGAUUGCGAGCCCUCCGGUAUCUCAUCCGAGACUCCGGCAUUCUCCAGAAGGUGCUAAAGCUCAAAGUGGAUUACUUGAUAGCCAGGUGCAUUGAUAUACAGCAGAGCAAUGAAGUAGAAAGAACACAAGCACUUCGAUUAGUCAGAAAGAUGAUCACUGUGAAUGCUUCACUGUUCCCCAGUUCUAUAACGAACUCUUUGAUAGCAGUUGGAAACGAUGGUCUUCAAGAAAGAGAUCGCAUGGUGCGAGCUUGUAUAGCCAUUAUCUGUGAACUAGCACUUCAGAAUCCCGAGGUAGUAGCUCUUCGAGGAGGUUUAAGCACCAUCUUGAAAAAUGUGAUUGAUUGUCAGCUAAGCCGAAUAAAUGAGGCUCUGAUAACUACAGUUUUGCACCUCAUUAAUCAUCCAAAGACCCGACAGUAUGUGCGAGCAGAUGUAGAAUUAGAGCGAAUUUUAGCUCCUUACACAGAUUUUCACUACAGGCAUAACCCAGACACAGCAGAAGGACAACUCAAGGAGGACAGAGAAGCCCGGUUCCUAGCCAGUAAAAUGGGAAUAGUGGCAGCAUUCCGCUCAUGGGCAGGUAUUAUYAGUUUGUGCAAGCCUGGGAAUUCUGGGAUUCAGUCUCUGAUUGGGGUACUUUGCAUACCAAAUAUGGAAAUACGGCGUGGUCUGCUUGAGGUUCUUUAUGAUAUAUUUCGCCUUCCUCUGCCAGUUGUUGCUGAAGAAUUUAUUGAGGCACUUCUCAGUGUAGAUCCAAGCAGAUUUCAGGACUGUUGGAGACUUUCUGAUGGCUUUGUAGCUGCUGAAGCUAAAACGAUAUUACCCCAUCGAGCCAGGUCAAGGCCUGACCUCAUGGAUAAUUAUUUGGCUUUAGUGCUUUCAGCUUUUAUUACCAAUGGACUUCUAGAGGGACUGGUUGAAGUGAUUACCAGUAGUGAUGACCAUGUAUCUGUUAGAGCAACUAUCCUAUUAGGAGAACUUUUGCAUAUGGCAAACACAAUCCUUCCUCAUUCCCACAGCCAUCACCUGCACUGCUUACCGACGCUAAUGAAUAUGGCAGCAUCGUUUGACAUCGUGAAAGAGAAAAGACUACGAGCAAGUGCUGCACUCAAUUGCUUAAAACGCUUCCAUGAGAUGAAGAAGAGAGGACCUAAACCUUACAGUCUCCAUUUAGACCACAUAAUUCAGAAAGCAAUCUCCACCCACCAAAAAAGGGAUCAAUACCGUGUGCAGAAAGACAUCUUUAUUUUAAAGGAUACAGAAGAAGCCCUUGUAAUGAAUCUUCGAGACAGCCAGGUUCUUAAUCAUAAAGAGAAUCUAGAGUGGAAUUGGAAUCUGAUAGGGACCAUAUUGAAGUGGCCAAAUGUAAAUCUAAGGAACUAUAAAGAUGAACAAUUGCACAGGUUUGUAAGGAGGCUGCUGUAUUUUUACAAGCCUAGCAGUAAACUUUAUGCCAACCUGGAUCUGGACUAUGCCAAGGCUAAGCAACUCACCGUGGUGGGUUGUCAGUUUACUGAGUUUCUUCUUGAAUCAGAAGAGGAUGGACAAAGUUACCUGGAGGAGUUGGUUAAAGAUAUUGUGCAUUGGCUCAAUUCGUCGUCAGGAAUGAAACCUGAACGUAGUCUUCAAAAUAAUGGGUUAUUGAACACCCUUAGUCAGCACUACUUUCUGUUUUUUGGUACUCUCUCUUGUCACCCUCAUGGAGUGAAAAUGCUAGAAAAAUGUAAUGUGUUUCAAUGUCUUCUUAAUCUUUGUUCUCUGAAGAACCAGGAUCAUUUAUUAAAACUGACUGUUUCCAGUUUGGAUUACAGCAGAGACGGAUUAGCAAGAGUCAUCCUUUCUAAAAUCCUAACAGCAGCUACUGAUAGCUGCAGGUUAUAUGCAACAAAACACUUACGAGUAUUACUGAGAGCAAAUGUGGAGUUCUUCAGCAACUGGGGCAUCGAGUUACUGGUGACCCAGCUACAUGAUAAAAAUAAAACUAUUUCUUCAGAGGCACUUGAUAUUCUAGAUGAGGCAUGUGAAGACAAGGCCAAUCUUCAUGCUCUUAUCCAAAUGAAACCAGCUCUUUCUCAUCUUGGAGAUAAAGGUUUACUUCUACUCCUAAGAUUUCUGUCCAUUCCAAAGGGGUUUUCCUAUUUAAAUGAAAGAGGCUACGUAACAAAGCAAAUGGAGAAGUGGCAAAAGGAAUAUAAUUUAAAAUACGUUGAGCUAAUUGAAGAACAACUUAAUGAAGCACUUACCACGUAUCGCAAACCUGUUGAUGGUGACAAUUAUGUUCGUCGGAGCAACCAAAGAUUACAGCGACCACAUGUCUACCUGCCCAUUCACCUUUAUGGCCAACUGGUGCACCAUAAAACAGGCUGCCAUUUGUUGGAAUCUCAGAGUAUUGUUCCAGAUCUCAGUUACACUGUUCGUUCCCCAAUGCUAGAUAAGUGGGAAGGAAUUAAGCAGCUUAAAGCAGCACUUUGGGCUUUGGGCAAUAUUGGAUCAUCAAAUUGGGGUCUUAACUUGCUUCAAGAGGAGAAUGUAAUCCCUGAUAUUAUGGCACUUGCCCAGCAUUGCGAGGUUCUCUCCGUUAGAGGCACCUGUGUCUACGUGCUUGGUUUAAUUGCCAAAACCAAACAAGGAUGUGACAUUUUAAAACAUCACAACUGGGAUGCAGUGAGGCACAGCCGCAGACAGCCUUGGCCGGUGGUCCCUGAUGACAUGGAGCAGCUCUGCAAUGAACUUUCUUCUAUACCCAGCACUCUUAGCUUGAACUCCGAGUCCACUAGUUCCAGGCAUAAUAGUGAAAGUGAAUCUGCACCUUCAAGUAUGUUUAUCAUGGAGGAUGACCGUUUUGGCAGUACUUCCACUAGUACGUUCUUCCUAGAUAUUACUGAAGAUGCAGAACAAAUAUUUUAUGACAGACCUGGACCUUCAAAGGACAAGGACCGUAGUCCCUUUCCAUUUUUUUCUUCUAGCAGAUUUGUGAAAAAUCGCAUUUUAAACUCGCUUACUCUACCUAAUAAAAAGCACAGAAGUAGCAGUGAUCCAAAAGGAGGAAAACUGGCAUCAUCUGACAGUAAAUCAGGCCUGAGGCGAAAUCGUACUGUAACAGAACCUUCCAGUAGCCUCGACUUUACUCCUGGGGAUGAGUUCAACCCUGCUUUCAGAGUUCCUAAAAUCCAGACUCUACGAUUAGAAACUUCUUUUGUUGGAAGUAAACACACAGAAGAUACUGAUAGUACCCCGAGUAUUGGAGAAAAUGAUUUGAAGCUGCCAAAAGGUCUUGGAAACGAAAAUCACCGGGAGAACACAAGCAGAGAAAGGCUGAUAGGAGAUGGUUCCACGCAAACACAUUUCAAGAGUCGUAGCUUGAGUUUUAAUACAGAUACCACAACAAGUGGCAUAAGCUCAAUGAGCUCUAGCCCUUCUAGGGAGACUGUAGGUGUGGACACUACAAACGUAGACACUGACUGUGGGAGUUUGAGCACUGUGGUUAGCACAAAAACAGUUAAGCCGAGUCACUGUUCGACACCACAGUCUAACCACCUGCCUCUCUCAAAAUCAAAUUCUGUGUCCUUGGUACCACCAGGGUCUUCUCAUACACUUCCUCGAAGAGCCCAGUCUCUUAAAGCUCCUUCUCUUGCUACCAUAAAAAUUCUUGCUGACUAUAACUUUAGCUAUACAAGUUCUCGAGAUGCCUUUGGCUACGCUACACUAAAGCGCUUGCAGCAGCAGAGGAUGCAUCCCUCACUGUCCCAUUCAGAAGCUCUAGCAUCUCCAGCCAAGGACGUGCUGUUCACUGACACUAUCACCAUGAAGUCUGGCAGCCUGGACUCCCGGCUAACCCCGAGCCGGUUCAUGAAAGCUUUAAGUUAUGCUUCGUUAGAUAAAGAAGACUUAUUAAGCCCUAUAAACCAAAACACACUGCAGCGAUCCUCCUCCGUUCGCUCCAUGGUUUCUAACGCUACGUAUGGUAGCUCCGAUGAUUACAUUGGCCUUGCGCUCCCAGUGGAUAUCAAUGAAAUAUUUCAGGUAAAGGAAACUCCUUAUUUCCAGAAGAAAACGACACCUCCAUUUGAUGAUCGCGGAGCUCGGGUCUUUGCACCUGAUGCUGGAGGUCUUCCAUCAGGUACAAGUGAUGUUGUCAAAAGUCCUUUUCAGAUGCUUCGACAGCAAAUCAGUCUCACAGAAAUAAUGAAUACCAGCCGUUCAGAUGCCUCUCAGUUCCUAGAAAAUACAGAGGAUACCGGAUUACAGGAGCACACAGAUGAGAACUGCCUUUAUUGUGUCUGCAUUCAAAUACUGGGUUAUCAGCCAAACAACAAAGUGAACUCUUCAUACAGUCGUGCAGAUUUUUCAGACAUUCCAUAUUCUGACUGGUGUGGGCAGGCCAUACACAAUCACUUGGAUGUGCAUUCCUCCAAAUUUUCUGGAAUUUCAGGCUGUAGCGAUGCAGUGUCCCAUGGUUCAGCUAGCAGCACCAAGAGUACAGAGCUUGUACUAGGAGUGAAAUCAAUCCCAGAUGACACACCAGUGUGUAGGAUCCUGCUGCGCAAAGAGGUCUUACGUUUAGUAAUCAACUUGAGCAGUUCUGUAGGAACUAAGGGCCAUGAAACUGGACUCCUGACAAUUAAGGAGAAGUAUCCCCAAGCAUUUGAUGACAUAUGCCUUUACUCCGAGGUGUCCUACUUGCUGGCACACUGUACCUUUCGCCUGCCGUCUCGAAGGUUCAUUCAGGAGCUAUUUCAAGAUGUACAAUUUUUACAAAUGCACGAAGAAGCAGAGGCUGUUCUAGCAACUCCAACAAAACAACCAGUAAUUGAUGCGUCGGUUGAAUCCUGACCUCUGUCUCAGCCAGUGGGUCACAUAUGGACUUGCUGAAAUCCUCAAACAACCUCCAGUUGACUGGAUGUGAUAGUUUGGAGCAUCAUCUUCUAGACUGUUCCAGAAGCUACUGGUACCAGAAGAGCGAACUGAAACCUUUCUUUUCCUCAACCAAUUACUGCCCCAGUCUUUUGAGCCCUUUGGGGAGUUAUUAAACAUUACCAUAGUUUUAAUAAUAGCAAUUACCAGUAUAUGCAAGAGCCGAGCACUGAACACCUCCACCAAUUUUCAUUUCAUUUUUUAGCAUAAAUAAAAAAUAGGACAACGUGCAGAGACAUCUUUUAUGACUGACUUUUGAAUCUGUUCCAGAGAAGCAGAACGAUGCCUUGCUCUUUAACCCCUGGAUACUGGGAAUCGGAGUAUCUGAGGGCGCAUUCCAUUGGCAGCAGUGGGGAGCUGUGCUGUAAGCUGGACACCAGGGCUUUAAUGUUAGCCCUUCUCUGUUAGUUUUCGUACUGUUCGUAACACUAUUUGGGGGGUUUGUAACUUCAGACAGCAAGAAAAGCCUUUGUGAAUCUAAGGCAUACUUUAAGUUAUUUUAAUAUUGCUAUAGUCAUAAGUCUCUUUAUUAGCAGUCUCUCCAGUUUCAUUGCCUUUACAAAUAUGUAUUUUAUCUGAACUAGUUAAGGACUUUCACUACAGUUUGAUUCAAAAACAAACAAACAAACAAAAUCAUUUAAACUUGAGAUGCUGAAAUCAAAUUGUUUUCCCUGAUUGAUAUGCUUGCGUUUGAAGUUCUUUGACUCAUGCUCAUAUGGUAUGAAUGUUGGUCAUAGCCUUUGCUGAAAACCUUUCACAAGCAUGAUUUUUAUCAGAUAAAUGAAUAUUGUAUCAACUAAACUUGAAAAACAUUUAAUCAUUGCUGCUUUGUGAGAAGAAAUAGUAAAGGAGCAAUUUCCAUGCUCCAUGGAAACAAUAUUUUGAGAAAUCUAAGGUUUGCUUGAAUUUCAAUUUGCAAGUGAUCAAGCACCAGAUAGUACUAAAAAUUGUAGUGAAAAGCCUUAAGAACCAAAUUUUAAAGCAGCAGUACUUACAAAUUUAUGUUGGCGUUGAGACCUAUUGCAGUGACUGUUAGGGGAAGAUGGUUGCCUUUAUCAUGUCACUAGAGAGGUUGUUAAAUUAAUGAGUGCAAGCUUAAAGAAAUAAUUAUCCUCACCACUUGUCAUGUAUCUAAAGAUUCAGAAGCCUUUAUAAAACGGUAGUAUAAAUAUAUGCAAAUCUAUAUAUAAGUAGCAUGGCCACCUUUGUUAGAAUGCCCGCAAUAGAAAGGGUUACCUUUUGAUAAUAUAGGUGAAUAAUUCAGCUGGACUGUACUAGGUAGAAUCUAUUUUUAUCCACUCACUCUCACUAUUUUUUUUAUAAUUGUCAGAUUAAUACUUAGAUAAAGAUAAGUGGAAUUCUUCCUAAUACUCAUAACCCUGAUUUUACUAGCUAUGCUACUGGAGACUUCAAUAAAUAGGCCUGUGAACCAGUAAAAACAUAACAUGAUUCAUACUGAAAUGUAGGAUUUAUCUGCUCUUAGCGGAGAUGUCAUCUUGCCACAAGAGCACUGCUUUGCAGAGAUCACCGAGUUCACUGAGUUCUCACAUGCACUGCAUACUGCCGGGUGCUGGUAAAGCAGAUCUGUAAGUUGCUGCUCUCAGUCAAGUUUAGUUUCCUAGGUCUUCUUUUCCUGAGUUCCCACUGAAAGAAAGAGCAAAGAGAAACUGAUUCAACUCUUCUAUGGUCGGUGACGCAAAUAAUACAUUUAUGCAUUGAAAUGUGUUUGGAAUGCUUUGAAAACAUACCCACCAGUGACUAUUGGACUUCUCUGGUCGUAAGAAGUAAAUGCUUCUGUAAAACCAAAAUGUCAAUCACAGUAGACCAAAUAGUGGUGUAAACUCCAAAGGAAAUAAUGUAGUGUCCCCAAGGAUGGGACUAGCAGAUCUUAUACAGUAGUUUCAAACACUACCUCAGUUAGGAUAGAGUAUCAGAUUUGUUUUAAUAACUAGACAGGGCUACAUCAAACAACUCCAUGUUAUUUUUCUGCAGUUAAAGCAAAAUAAGCAAGUAUUAUCAUUAGUAUUAAAGAAAAAAAACCCAGCACCCAUGUUAAUUGUUAAGAGUUAAUCCAUAGCACUUAAUGUAGAAAAGACAGUAGGAAGACCUCUGAUUAUUAGAAAGGUAAGCAAAGGAGAUGUCAGUAUACUUUAAAAAGAUUCUCCAUCCUGAAAUGUGUAUCCGUUCUGAAAUACU